UUGCAACCCUACUUACACACCGGUUUAUUCUGUCAACCAGUGGAAGCGCGUCAACAUGAAGUGGUCAGCACUACUCCCUCUGUCGGUCUCCGUACUGGCCGUUCUUCCUUCCACUGGUGCGUGGGAGUUCACCUGGAGAGACUCCAACAACACUUCACACUUGGAAACCGGCCACGGGCCCUCUGAGUGCAUCACAGUCAACCAUGAAAAGGGAAAGGUAUUCGCCAUCGAUGCGCAGGGCGAAAAGAAUAUAAAUAUGUUAUUAUACGGCACCGACGACUGUUCCGACAAGGCUGUGGGACAGGCGACCGAGCGUUUUUCAAAAGCGUCGUCGGUAGACAUCCAUGGCUUCCAAGUUAAGAGAAUCUCGGGCGGAUCGAAUUCGACCACGACUGCUGCGAAUACUACCGUGAUAUCGACAACACGAGCCCAGUCGUCCUCCACCGCCAGCAGCGAAUCCAGCGAUGUACCCACGGCGUCGGCGACCACCACGUCGGAAACAGCUGCCACUACCACAAGCGCGAGUGAAACAAGCACGCCCACGCCGAAUGCAUCAUUGAGACUGUCCGUUACCAGUAGCGACAUGGCGAAGACCGUGAUUGGUAUGGUGUUGGGACUUGCGACGCUUGAAUGGCUGUGUUAGUUAUCUGUGAUGGAGAUGUACGGAGGAAGAUGGCUGGUUAAUUGUCUAUGCUUGGCUAGUUAAGGUCUGUCUACACUAAUAAGCCACUUUGUCCUUCAUCGCAGCUCCUAUGGCUCAGUUGGUAGAGCGCAUGACUAGU